AUGACGGCCUCGUUCGAGGAGCACCUCAUCGAGGAAGAGAUCAGCGAGGAGUACUCGCUCGCGUUCCAGUUCGCCACCUUCCUGCUCCUGCUCAUGGUCGCCAUCAUCCUGUGCAACCACGUGACGCACAAGCUGCACUGCCACUUCCUGCCGGAGGCCGGCGUGACCAUCGGCGUGGGCCUCCUGGCCAGCAUCUUCUGCAUGCUCAUGAAGUCCAGCUCCAUCGCCGUCAAGCUCAUGGACUUCGACCCAAACUUCUUCUUCGUGGGCAUGCUGCCCCCGAUCAUCUUCAACUCGGGCUACACCAUGAAGCGCCGCUACUUCUUUGAAAACAUCACGCCGAUCCUGGUCUACUCCAUCCUGGGCACGCUCACGAUGAGUGUCGUCGCGGGCCUCGGCAUCUACACCGUCGGCCGCUUGGGCUGGGUCAUGCGGCUGUCCAUGGCGGAGAGCCUUACCUUCGGCUCUCUGAUCUCUGCUACGGACGCUGUCUCCAUCCUGGCGGUGUUCCAGGAGCUUCACGUCGACCCAACGCUGUUCUACCUCGUGUUUGGAGAGAGCUCGCUGAAUGACGCCGUGGCCAUCUGCCUCUUCGAGACGUUCUCUCGCUUCAUUGGACACUCGUACGAGUUCAAGCCCAUGCUGUUCGCCAUCUUCGAGUUCGGCUUGGUGCUCACGGGCUCUACGAUGAUCGGGGUCAUUUUCGGCAUGAUCCCGGCGUUGCUGUUCAAGUAUGGCAACCUACGCAGCAAUUUGCUGCACGAAGUGGGCGUGUACGUCAUGUUCGCCUACCUGCCGUUCGUGGUCUCGCAGGUACUCGGCAUGUCGGGCGUCGUGUCGGUCAUUUUCGCCGGUGUGUCAAUGAAGCACUACGCCUCGGCCAACCUGACCCCGGAAGCUCGCGACGUGUGCUCUGGGGUCUUCAAUACGCUCUCGCACAUGGCUGAAACGUCGGUGUUCCUGAACCUAGGACUGUCCGCGUUUGGACUGACGGAGUACUACAGGUUCUGGCUCAUCUUCUGGAUGGCCUUCUUCUGCCUGCUGUCCCGAGGGUGCGCUGUAUACCCGCUUUCCUACUUUUUGAACCUGCGCAAGAACGCCGCCAAGAUCACCAUGAACCAGCAGCACGUGAUCUGGUACGGCGGAAUGCGCGGUGCCGUGGCGUUCGCCCUGUCCAAGUCCUUCCCCGGCGAGAAGCGCCCCGAAGUUGUGGCCACCACGCUUAUCGUGGUGCUGCUCUCGAUCAUCGUAAUGGGCGGCGGCACCGUCGCGGUGCUCGACAAGUGCGGCAUUCCACGAUUGACCCCCGAAGAGGAGGCGGCGCUAGACAAGACGGUGAAGCCGCACCGACACAUGCGCGCGCUGCAGUUCGACAACAAGUACCUGAUCCCGCUGCUGACAAACUUGUGCCAGUACGGCGACAACAGCAGCCCCCGCAAGGGCGGCUUCGGGCCGGAGGGCAGCUCCAGCAACGUGGACACCGCCGACGAGCACGAGGCUGAGGACGACGAAGUCGUGGACGUCAUUCGGCGCGAGGUUAACGUGCACUAA